AUGGCUUCUCUGGGGUCAAAGAUCCGGUUUUUAAUAACAGCCGGUGUUGGGUUCUUUGGCGAUGGCUACUUGAACUUAACAAUUGGACUUGUCGUUCCUGUUUUGGGAUACCUCUAUUACCAAGAUGGCAAGGUGCCCACCGUCGCCAGUGAUGUGAUCAAGGGUGGCCUCAGUCUGGGCAUGGUCAUUGGCCAGCUCAUCUUUGGCGUACUCAGUGAUGUCUGCGGUCGCCAUACAAUUUACGGGAAAGAGUUGAUUCUCACGAUUUUUGGAACAUUAAUGGUCAUUCUGUUGCCAUGGAAGGGAAUGAGUGCCCAUUCUGUGACGGCAUGGGUAGCAGUAUUCCGCGUUGUGACGGGUGUAGGAAUCGGUGCCGACUACCCCCUCUCCUCAUCUUUGUCGGCAGAAAAGUCGCCCUUUGGUUCUCGUGCCACGCAAGUCCUGACGGUCUUCUCAAAUAUUGGCCUCGGAAACAUUGUCGCCGGUAUCGUCUUUCUCAUUCUGCUCAAGGCCUUUGAAGGUUCUAUUGCGGAUAACCAGAAUCAUUUGGGAUGGGUCUGGCGACUCCUGCUUGGCAUCGGCAUUGUACCGGCUGUCUUUACUCUCUAUGCACGGUUGACCAUCGCAGAGACUCUACCCUACAAACACUAUGUGUGCGAUGAGUCCACCGGACAGAAGCGUGGCUUCAACAAGCAGUGGAAAGACUUCCGGGAAUAUUUCAGUCAAUGGAAACACGCCAAAGUCCUCUUUGCAACGGCCGCUUCUUGGUUCCUCUUUGACAUCGCAUACUACGGAAUAAACCUCAACCAAAGUAUCAUCCUGGCUCGAAUUGGAUACGCCAAGGGGGCAACGCCCUUUCAGACUCUGUACAACACCGCCGUCGGGAAUAUCAUCGUCCAGGCCGCUGGGUUUUGUCCCGGAUUCUACGUCGGCAUCUUCCUCCCCGACCGUAUUGGUCGUGUCCGUCAACAACUCUACUCUUGCAUUGCUGUUUGCAUUUUAUACGCGAUCUGGGCUGGAAUCAGUUCGCCCGGUGCCCAUACUUCAACUGCCGGCCUCAUGGUGAUAUUUACCAUCUCUCAGUUCAUGUUGACGGUCGGUCCGAACUGCACGACGUUCCUGAUUCCGGCCGAGGUAUUCCCAACACGCGUGCGUGGUACCGCUCACGGUAUCUCCGCUGCAGCUGGGAAAUGUGGUGCGAUUCUCACGUCUUUUGCCUUUGGAACUGUCGAGGAUGCUAUUAGCUUGGAGGGUGUUUUGGGCUUGUUCUCGGGUGUGAUGUUACUCACUGCAUUGGUCACGCUGUUGAUACCCGAGGCUAAGGGCCAGUCGCUUGAAGGUAUUGAGAGCGGUGCUCUGUAUGGUGACUAUGACAAUAUUGAAAACAGCAUCGACUCUUCGGUUACUGGCAGUGUAACCCAGAUACACGUUAACACGGCUGGGAGCGGGUCCAUUGACAAGGUGCUUUAG